UUUAUUUAACAAAAAUGAGGUUUUUAUUUAAAAAAUGCUUCCGCAAAAAGGAACCAGAAAUGAAACCUGGAGCAAUUUUGGAUCAAGUUAUUUCCCAAUCAUCAGCAACAGCUAACAAGUGUCUUCUAUAUAAGUUAGCUGACUACAAAAGGGGUGGAGAUCUUAUAGAUGCUAUCAACACUGGUGGCUUGGUUGCAGUUGAACAACUAAUUCGCGAACAAUUCGGAAUUUUCAUGUACAACGAUGGCAAAGGUCAAGUUAUUAAUCGAGCAGAAUUCCUUCGCUGGAAAUAUAGAGAUCAUACUGAGGUGAUGAUUCCAAUCGAAGCAUCACUCUCGAUUCAUGAUCCUUUGGGUAAAUGGGCAGACCAUAAAGCAUGUUGGCAAAUGCAGUAUCGGGGUGCUUUGGGCGAAAGUCUUUUACAUGUUUUGAUAAUUUGUGAUUCAAAAAUUCAUACAAAACUUUCGCGAGUAUUGUUACGCGUGUUUCCUAAUCUAGCGUUGGAUGUUAUGGAAGGCGAAGAGUAUUUAGGAGCAAGUGCUUUACAUUUAGCAAUUGCUUAUAGCAAUAACGAGCUGGUAGCUGAUUUAAUUGAAGCCGGGGCAGAUAUUAAUGCAAGGGCAAUUGGAAGCUUUUUCCUUCCUAGAGACCAACAAAAGUCAAAUCCAGCCAAGAAUACGGACUAUGAAGGUUUAGCUUAUAUGGGAGAGUAUCCAUUGGCAUGGUCGGCUUGCUGCACAAACGAGAGCGUUUACAAUUUGCUUUUAGACCAUGGAGCUGAUCCUGAUGCUCAGGACUCAUUUGGCAAUAUGAUUUUACACAUGGUUGUUGUAUGCGAUAAAUUGGAUAUGUUCGGUUAUGCCUUACGCCAUCCCAAAACACCCGCAAAAAAUGGCAUAGUAAACCAUUCUGGAUUGACACCACUCACGCUUGCCUGUAAGCUCGGCCGAGCAGAAGUCUUUCGUGAGAUGUUGGAGCUAUCGGCUCGAGAAUUUUGGCGUUACAGUAAUAUUACUUGUUCGGGAUAUCCUUUGAAUGCUUUGGACACAUUGUUGCCAGAUGGACGAACUAAUUGGAAUUCAGCAUUAUUCAUCAUUUUAAAUGGAACAAAAGAGGAGCAUUUGGAUAUGCUUGAUGGUGGCAUCAUUCAACGUCUAUUGGAAGAAAAAUGGAAGACAUUCGCCCGCAAUCAGUUCUUGAAACGACUUUUAAUCCUCUUUAUCCAUUUGUUCUUUCUUUCAAUUUCGGUCUACUUACGACCUGUUAGAACUGAUUUAGCCAGCGAGGAUGCUGAUCCUGAAGAUCCCGAUGAAAAUGGUGGAAUUGAAGAAUCUGCUGAUGCUCAAAAUAUACUUCGAUAUUGUGCCGAAGUGGCUACAAUUGCUGGUGUAUUAAGUUAUGUGAUUUUUCAACAAGGUGACGAAGUUAAGAAUCAAGGACUUUCAGCAUUUCUAAAGCAACUGUCACAUGCACCAGCUAAAGCAAUAUUCUUGGUCUCGAAUUUACUUAUCUUGGCUUGUAUACCAUUUCGGAUCAUGGGCGAUAUAGAUACCGAAGAAGCUAUUUUGGUAUUUGCAGUUCCCGGAAGUUGGUUUUUAUUGAUGUUUUUCGCUGGAGCCGUUCGCUUGACUGGACCUUUUGUUACAAUGAUAUACUCCAUGUUGACUGGAGACAUGUUCACAUUUGGCAUCAUUUAUGCCAUUGUGAUAUUUGGCUUCUCACAAGCCUUCUUCUUUCUCUUCAAAGGACAUCCUCAGUUGCAGACGACAAUGUUCAAUACAUUCCCAAGCACUUGGAUGGCAUUGUUUCAAACAACAUUGGGAGAUUAUAACUACCCUGACUUAAAUCAAACAUCUUAUCCGAAUUUGGCAAAAACUGUAUUCGUAACAUUUAUGAUUUUUGUCCCGAUUUUACUAUUGAACAUGUUGAUUGCUAUGAUGGGUAAUACUUAUGCUCAUGUAAUUGAACAAUCGGAAAAAGAAUGGAUGAAGCAGUGGGCGAAAAUUGUUGUGACUCUUGAACGAGCAGUUCCACAAACAGAUGCACAAAAAUAUCUUGAAGCUUAUUCAAUUCCGCUUGGAGUUUCUGAUGAUACGGGCUUUGAACAAAGAGGUGUAAUGGUUAUAAAGAGUAAGAACAAGACGAGAGCUAAACAGAGGAAGGGAGCUGUCUCCAAUUGGAAGCGCGUCGGUAAAGUGACAUUGAAUGCACUAAAAAAACGCGGUAUGACUGGAGAAGAAAUGCGUCGUCUCAUGUGGGGACGAGCAUCUAUAUCAAGUCCCAUCAAAAUCACUAAAAAGAAACUAAAAGAUCCUUAUAACUUAAAUCCUGAUCCUGGAUUUGAAAAUGCUCUGAACGUCAUCAAUUUCGGACAAGAGACUUCAACUACCAAUAUAACUGGCAAAUCUAAUGUUAGUGAUCCAUUUCGAGACUUAGUUCUACAUGCUGAACUCUCCGAUGGAACUGAUCCGAAUUAUAAAUCAUGCUUAGAAAAGUUGGCCAAUCAAGCUCGAAUUCUUGUUGAACAAACUAUGAAUAUUGAAGUAAAACAGUCUUCAGAGAAAAUCAAUCCACUUGCAACGAAACCAACUACACCAUCAACUCCUAAUAUUCCACUAUCGUCACAACAGCAACAGCAGCAAGCUGAUAAUCCUGAAAUUCUUCAUAAUUUAUUUCAAGAUCCAAAAUUUGCUGUAGACCCGGUUAAGUUAGAAGAAUUCUAUAAAAUGCUUGAAGCAAUCGAUACCGAAGAGAGUGAUGCUGGUGGUUGUGGUAGACCAAUUUUGGGAAAAUUGUCCUUAGUCACAAGGACUAAAAAUGCAUUAUCACAACCAGAAGCUAUUGCAGAUAUUGCUAAGUACAUUACAACAGAAGCUGCUUCCCAUGAUUUAUGGAAGAGACCUGAUAUGGAUGAAUCUAAUGAAAAUCAAGUAGAGAAGGAAGAUGUAGAAAGGGAGGAACAUGUUAGUAUUCCUAUUGAAGAUGAUCCGAAUAUUAUUGAAGAGCCAUCAGAAACCGAACAAGAAACAGGAAAUGAAGAAAUAGUUACAGCCCAAGAUGUUCAUCGGGCCAUGGCACAGCUUCAUUUAAAGAGAAGACAAUUUCCUGAGAAUGAAGGAAGUAGACGAGCUAAGAGUGCAAGAAUACGCAAAAAGAAUAAAAUUUCUCCAGAAAACACUCAGGAUGCACAGUGUCGUCAUCGAUCAGCACCAUUGCAUAAACAUGGCAGAAGAGACAUUUCACAGGAUCCCCUUGAACCAUGGAGCACUCGUGAAUUAGGAGAUAUCAAUAAAAUUCUGGGUUACAAGUAAAUUUUGCACAAAUUCAAUAAUUGUAAAAAUACAAAAUUAAAAAAAAAAAAAAAACUCGUUCACUUAGCGUAAUGAGAUGCACAACUAUUUGUUUAAUUUGAAUCAUCAGUUUGAAUUCAUUACACUGGUUUACAAGGGUUUUGUUUCCGAAACAAAAAUACUUUUCUAAAGGCUUUUGGU